AUGUGUCGUUUCCUUAUAUUCAAGGGUGAAGAGCCUAUGCUGCUUGCCAAUUUGCUGACUCGUCCAGCCCACUCUAUUAUCAACCAAUCUUUUGAUUCUAGAUUGAGAGUUGAUAUGAGAAGACCAAUGAACGGUGAUGGGUUUGGGGUCGGCUACUACACCGAAGAAGACGAUGACAAUGACUGUGCCGCUCAUGAUUCGGACGGUCCUUGUGUUUUCAGGGCCAUCACCCCUGCCUGGAAUAACUUAAAUUUGGAAAGAUUAGCUGACAAGACCAGAAGUCGUCUAACGUUCGCCCAUGUUAGAGCUUCUACGUACGGUGUUCUCAGUGAAACUAAUUGUCAUCCGUUCACAUAUCAUAACAUUAUGUUCAUGCACAACGGUGGAAUUGGAAACUUUUCAAAAGUGAAGAGAAAACUAAUAAAUCAUAUCGACGAUGAGUACUUCUUACAUAUUCAAGGAUCCACAGAUUCAGAAUGUUCCUUUGCCUUGUUUUUGGACACUUUACACAGAAUGGGACAUGACCCCAAAGGAAAAGAUCUUGGCCACAAAAUAUUGAGAGAAUGUUUGGUAAAGACUAUAGGUUUCAUUAAAGACUGGGCACAGGAGGUUGAGCUCGAUGCAUCUGUGAAAGAACCAUCACUACUAAAUUUUGCUGUCACUGAUGGUUCAUCUAUUGUAGUGUCACGCUAUGUGACCUCCAAGACAGACGCUGCUGCAUCUUUGCAUUUUAGCACAGGCUCAAGAUUUUUGGAGUAUGAGCCGGGACAAUUCCAUAUGGAACGUUUAGAUCGUUCCCAGAACAUUAUCAUGAUAGCAUCGGAGCCAUUAACCUUUGAGAGGGGAGACUGGAUUACAGUGCCAACAAACAGCACUCUUUCGGUCAAGGGACAAACUGUUUUACUGCAUCCUAUAGUUGAUGAGUACUACCAGAGUGACCCCGCCUUCGAAAGAAAUGCGUCCUUUGCAGAAUCGAAAGGACUUAUGGGCUCCUUGCCUGUAUCAGGCACUAUUGAGUCCUCCCUACCACCUCUUGACAGGGAGGGACGUACCAGAUCGUCUAUGGUGUCAGUUAAACAGUAA